AUGGAAAAAGACUUAAUCCUGAAAUCAGGAGAUAUUGUAGGCAAGUCAUAUGCAGAACUAGGCUACCAGAGUCUACGUAGCUUAGGUAAUGAGAUAAAGGAGCUGAUUGAUCAAAGAAAAAUUCCUAAGGAGCCCUGGCAGAAUGUUACUAUUAAGAUCUUCCUAGCUCAAAUCGCAGCAAUGGACAGUAAUAAUUAUAAGAACAACUGUGGUGUUGGAGAAAGAGAAGGAAGAAUUUACUCUGAGUUUGUCAGAGAACGCAAUUUUGAUCUAGCUCAUGGAAUUGGUAGAUCUGGAGAUGUUAAUGCUAUCCAACCAAAAGCGAUAGGAUCUUCUCUUGUAGUUCAGCUUACAAAAUUCCUUACUCUUCACGCUUUUAAAAUAAUGGGCCUAAAUUGAAUCAAGGAUGCUUUAGUAUUACCCUUAGCGACGGGUAUGUCUUUGUCGCUGACCUUGCUCACUCUCAAAGAUCAAUAUCCGGAAAGAGAAUAUGUAAUAUUCUCCAGAAUUGAUCAGAAAACUUGCUUAAAGGCUAUUAAAACAGCAAACCUCACUCCUAUAGUAGUUGAUCCUAUAGAAGAUGGAGAUGAGUUGAUCACAGAUGUAGAGCAGAUUGAGAAAAUUCUUGACGAAAGAUCAUCAGAGAUCCUUUGAGUAUAUUGCACUACAAGCUGCUUUGCUCCCAGGGGCUAUGACAAGAUCAUCGAAGUAGCUCAACUGUGUAAAUAAGUACGAAACUCCUCAUUUUAUCAACAAUGCUUAUGGCCUACAAUGUGGAAGAGUCAGUAACGACAUCAAUUUGGCUGUGAAGAAAGGUAGAGUCGACGUAUUAAUCAGCUCAACUGAUAAGAAUUUUAUGGUCCCUGUAGGCGGAUCUAUCAUCUAUGGACCUAAGAAGAAAGAUAUUGUAGAGAAAGUCAACAAAAACUAUCCAGGGAGAGCAUCAGGCAGUGCUGUGAUUGACCUCUUUCUUACUCUUUUACAGAUGGGAGAGGAUAACCUCAGAGCAUUGUUAAAAGAACGCAAGGAAAAUUUUAAGUAUCUAUUUGAGAACAUCCAGACUGUGCUAGAGAAAUAUGGAGAAAGAGUACUUAUUUCAAAGAACAACAAAAUUUCAAUGGCAUGUACACUCAAAAAUCUCCCAGACGGCUAUGACCCAACCUUCUUCGGAUCGUAUAUGUUUUCAAGAAGAGUAUCAGGCUUGAGGGUGCUAAAAGCAGGUCCUGAAAAAGAAGUUGGUGGUGUGAAAUUCAAGAACUACGGAUCUCAUUCAGAUAAUUAUUCUCAUUUGCCGUUUUUCACAGUAGCAGCUGCCAUUGGGGGUACUCAGAAAGAGAUAGAUGUCUUCUUAAAAAGAUUAGACGAAGCCCUGGCUAAGAUUCAUAGUAAACCUGACCAUGUAGAACCAGAAGAAAGUAAAGAGGACUGUAAAGAACCAAAUUAGCAAGUUCAAUCUA